GCCAAAGGCUUGGUUUGACUGCUGACCUGAUAUGAUACGCCAGUCACCGUUGCUGAUCUGGGUCAAGAAAUCCUUGCUCUGAGUUUCUGGAUAGAGUAAUCACAGGGGCAGCAGGUCAAACUGGCGUAAUAAUUCUGGAUGUUCUUGGAAGCUAAAUGGCUUAUGAAUGUUGUUAGGAAGUUGAUGGAGGAAAGGUAUAAUGAGAAAGGUAUACAUGCAUGCAUGCACGAGAGAGAAGGCAAUCCCUUUCUUUGCUUGCAGCGUGACUCUGCAAAAUGUUUCUUGUUUGAAGGCAAAGCAAUCUGUCCUCAAUUUCUUAGUUAUCUGCCCAUCUCAUGUAAUCGUCCUGCAUAAAUCCUAAACAUGGCAAAGAUCAAGGCCAUCCAGGAAAAAGCAAAUCUUCAUUGGCUUCAAAGUUCAGACAGUCUCCCCUCCUUUUGUCUCUUUUUUUUCACUGCAUACACAAUUCAUAUAAGGAGGGAAGCAAAAAAUGUGGCAAAAGAGGCCGUUUAAGUCGUCCUUCAGCGACUCUGUCAAAGCUCUUGAAGUCGACAUACAGCAUGCAAAUAGCAUGUAAGUUCUCAGUUAGCUGCCCAUCGCAUAUAAUUGUCUUGCAUAAAUCCUAAACGUGACAAAGAUCGAGGCCAUCCAGGAAAAUCAAAUCUUUAUUGGGUUCAAAGUUCAAACAGUCUCCCCUCUUUUUGUCUCUAUUUUUCACUGCACACACAAUUCAUGAAAGGAGGGAAGUGAAAAAUGUGCAAAGGAGGCCAUUUAAGUCGUCCUUCAGCGAGUCCGUCAAAGCUCCUGAAGCCGACAUACAGCAUGCAAAUAGCAUCGCGGCAGCCCUGCCGAGAGACAAUUGUGGCGAUCGUAUCCAAAUGAGGUUGUCCUACAGUCCAUUUGCACAGGUUUUCCUCUUCCUGAUGGACUGGAUGGACUAUAGUUGCACGGAUACCAUCCCAACUCACUUAGGCCUUCUUAACGUCCUUGUGAACAAGGUAUGUCUCGAUGGCAUGCCCCGGAUGUCAUCAAAAGAAGCGAAGGCCUCUCUCAGGGAAUUCUAUGCUGUUAUAUACCCUUUACUGAAGCAACUCAAAGGCGAGUUUGCCAGAAUUGGAGGUAUCAAUAGGGCAACCCCGGAGAGAAUAGAAGGCAAGGGGGAGUUCUGCAAUAGAGAACUGGAGAGAGAUGACGAAUGCGGGAUAUGCAUGGAAAGUCAUGCGAAUACAGUAUUGCCUGAUUGCGGGCAUUCCAUGUGCAUUAGCUGCUACAAUAACUGGAAUGCACGGUCUGGUUCUUGCCCUUUUUGCCGAGGCAGCUUGAGUGGAGUUACCUCUGCUGACUUGUGGAUUCUUAUGAGUAAAAUUGACGUGGUUGACGCAUUUACUCUUGCCAUGGAGAACCUAAGUAGUUUCUACCUUUAUAUCGAGAGUCUAUGUGUAAUAAUACCGGCACCACAUAUCCUUCUAGAUUACAUGAUCUGACCUUGAGAAGGGCUUGUUUUGACUUUUGUCGUCCUUACAAAUAAAAAUGCGAGGAGUUAUUGUA